GGAUUGUUCUGAUCGGUGAGAAAAAUGGAGCAGAAGAGCGUACUGCUGUCUGCUUUAGGUGUUGGUGUUGGUUUAGGAAUAGGAUUGGCAUCGGGUCAGGGUUUGGGUAGAUGGGCAAACGGGUCGGGUUCUGCAGAGGACGGACUCACCGGAGAGCAGAUGGAGCAAGAGUUGGUGAGACAGAUUUUUGAUGGGAGAGAGAGCACUGUCACCUUCGAUGAGUUUCCGUAUUUCUUAAGCCAGAGAACUCGAGAGUUAUUGAAAAGUGCAGCAUACAUUCAUCUAAAAGAGGUAGAAAUCUCAAAGCACACUCGGAAUCUUGCACCUGCAAGUAAAGCCAUUCUACUUUCAGGUCCUGCGGAGUUCUAUCAGCAAAGGCUUGCAAAAGCUUUAUCUCAUUACUUUGAAUCAAAGCUAUUGCUGUUAGAUAUUACUGAUUUUUCUAUUAAGAUACAAAGUAAAUACGGAUGCACCAAGAGGGAACCUGUUCUUCACAAGAGGUCUAUUUCUGAGUUAACAUUAGACAAGAUGUCGAGCUUGAUGGGUUCCUUCUCUAAGCUCUCUCAACGUGAAGUCGAACCAAGAGGGGCACUGCGUCGACACACCAGUGGAAAUGAUCUUAAAUCAAGGAGUUCCGAUAGCUCAAAUCUUCCUCUGAGACACAAGACAAUUGCUUCUGCUACUUCGAGUUCUGUUACAGCUUCCAGCAAACGCAGCACAAAUCUUUGCUUUGACGAGAAACUUUUCCUGCAAUCACUUUACAAGGUUAUGGUCUCUGUAUCCGAGAAAAAUCCACUAAUAGUAUACCUUAGGGACGUUGAGAAGCUUCUUGAGUCAGAAAGAUUCUACAAGUUGUUCCAGAUUCUCUUGAACAAGCUGCCUGGUCCUGUCUUGAUUAUUGGCUCAAGGGUAUUAGAACCCGAAGAUGAUUUCCAAGAAGUAGGUGAAGGGGUCUCCGCUUUGUUUCCUUACAACAUCGAAAUCACACCACCAGAGGAAGAAUCUCAGCUCUUGAGCUGGAAGAAACGUUUAGAAGAUGACAUGAAGAUGAUUCAGUUUCGAGACAACAAGAACCACAUCGCAGAAGUUCUUGCUGCUAAUGAUAUCCAAUGCGACGACUUAGAUUCCAUAUGCUACGGUGGUGAUACAAUGUGUUUGAGCAACCACAUUGAGGAGAUUGUGGUUUCUGCAAUCUCUUAUCAUUUGAUACACACCAAAGAACAUGAAUACAGAAAUGGAAAGCUUGUUAUAUCUUCCAAAAGCUUGUCUCAUGGACUGAGUAUAUUCCAAGAAGGUGGGAGCAGAUCAUUUGAAGACUCCUUGAAGCUAGACACAAACACUGACUCUAAGCGAAAAGGAGGAGAAGUAUAUUCAAAGAGUGAGUCAAAGCCUGAUUCAUCUUCUCCUGAAAACAAGAACGAGUUGGAAAAAUCUCUUCCUUCAAACAAGAAUGACAAUCUAUUUCCUCCAAAAGCACCUGAGGUUGCUCCAGAUAAUGAGUUUGAGAAGCGUAUAAGACCAGAGGUUAUGCCAGCAAAUGAGAUUGGUGUGAAGUUUGCAGACAUUGGUUCUUUAGAUGAAAUAAAAGAUUCACUUCAAGAGCUUGUAAUGCUUCCACUUAGAAGACCUGAUCUCUUCAAAGGAGGUCUUCUCAAGCCAUGUAGAGGGAUCCUUCUGUUUGGACCACCUGGUACUGGCAAAACAAUGCUAGCAAAGGCCAUUGCAAAUGAAGCUGGAGCUAGUUUCAUCAAUGUCUCCAUGUCUACAAUCACUUCUAAAUGGUUUGGAGAAGACGAGAAGAACGUGAGAGCUUUGUUUACUUUAGCAGCCAAAGUGUCUCCAACGAUUAUAUUUGUGGAUGAAGUGGAUAGUAUGUUGGGGCAAAGAACAAGAGUAGGAGAGCAUGAAGCAAUGAGGAAGAUCAAAAAUGAGUUUAUGUCGCAUUGGGAUGGGCUUAUGACCAAACCUGGUGAAAGGAUUCUGGUUCUUGCAGCGACAAACAGACCCUUUGAUCUUGAUGAAGCUAUCAUUAGGAGGUUUGAGCGAAGAAUAAUGGUGCGACUUCCUUCUGUUGAGAGCAGAGAAAAGAUAUUGGGAUAAUUACUAGAUUUCCUAUAUGCAAUUGUUUUAGAUAAACCAUUAGGUUUUCCUUAUUCCUUUUAGCUUUAUGUUUUACUACUUUAUGAGUAUAUAUACUCAUCGUUGGUCAUUAAUAAAACUCAACUUGAAAUCCCA